AAGGGUGGAAACCCCGCCAGGGAGUUGCAGAAAAGUAGCUGCCGCGCGCCCAGCUCGGCCCGGCCCCUCCCUCGGCCUGGGCGGGAGAGGAGGAGGAGGAGGAGGAGGAGGAGGAGGGCGACCCGGUGCCGCUUCCUCCCGCCCCUCGCCGCCACCGAGCCCGACCCUGGCCAUGAGCACCCCGGACAGCUCGCCGCUGGCGCCCCAUACACCGUUUGACCACAGUGCACUCUGCCUUUAGAAGUUCACUUAGCUUCGAAGUACCUGUGACUGUUAAACACCGGGCACAUCUGUCCCCUUGCCUUUACUAAAGAAAUUCACACAACUGUCUGAAGAGCAGCUUGCGUGGUGCUGACCCUUCCUCCCCCAAAAUGGUGUGGAUACAAGCCUAUGGUUGGUGCCACUCAGAAGACUCAGGGUGAGUCUUCUGUCUUCACACUCUACACCACGCCAGCACCUGACCCAGGGAUACCCGAUGCCAUCAUACCAGUGCCUGACUCAGGGACACCCUUCCCCACAACGAUGGACAUCGCCAUUAUUGCAGCUGUGAUCACUGCUGUGGCCCUCGUUCUGCUCUGCCUUCUCCUUGUCGUGCUCCGAUACCUGUUCCGGCACAAGGGCACAUACCACACCAAUGAAGCCAAGGGCACAGAGUUUGCUGAGAGUGCUGACAUGGCCCUGCAGAGUGACCCUGCCCUCCAGGAUGCUGGUGACCACAGCAAAAAGGAGUACUUUAUCUGAGGGACACCAGACCUCACCUCCCCAAAGACCUCCUCUAACUGCAGCAUAGAAAAAACACAUACCACCAUUACUGGCCUCACCAGGCAGACCUCAAGGGCACAGGCUGACCCCAAGAUUUGAACCUGAGAACACUGAGUGCCUACCUAGGGAGGACAGAGGAGGCCCAAGCUGUGAGACACCUCUCCAGGGAUGCAGUGGCCACCCUGAGAGGCAAGCCUUUGCUCUGCCAGGAAGAGAGAAAGUCUGGAUAUCCAAGUCUCCCUGAGCAGAGCAGGAUGUCAUCUCAUGGGUGUGAGUGGGGUAGGCAUGCAAGGAAGUGUGACAUUGACACACUGACAGGGGAUAAUGGCACCAAAUAUCAGUCCUUGACAUUUGGGGGGGACAGUGGGUGCCUGAGCUAAAAGGUACCUUUGUUUCCCAUUGAUCCCACUCAAAAUGAUUGGAAAUAAAUUUGAAAUGUAACCAAGCAUUCAGAGUCAAACCGCACUACUGUAAGUAUCUGGUAAAUAGUGCUUGCUUUUCUCCUAUGAUUUUGUUUUCUCUGACAGGGUCUGUGUGCAUGAGGCAGGGACUAUUUAGCUCUGGCAAGGAGGCAGGGACAAGUGACCGGCAUCCUUUAACCCACACAGGCACCAGUUGCAUGAAACAAAUGUAAAGAUAAAAUGUUCCUCUGGAAACACCUUGUCCCAGGCAUCAAGGCACCAGCUGAAAUGUUGAUUUUCCGAUUCAUAGUAUCAGGGGAAAAAAAUGGACCUGUUAAACAGUUAUGAGUAAACCCUAUCUUCCCAUGGUCACAGUGACAAUGGCCCCCAAGGCUUAAAACAUGGACUGCAGAGCCCCAGUCCCUAGGCUUGGGUACUGGCUCCACUUUCUUGGUCUUUAGACCUUGGGCAACUUGCUUGAUCUCUCCGGGCUCAAUGUUCUCAUCUUUCAAGAGGAAAUGAUGCCAAGAAUGGUACUUCUGUGGUAUCUAACAGCAUGGAGGCAGGAAUGAACGUGGUGGUACUCGGCACUCUCUGUAUCCCGUGUCACUAACACACUGAAUAGUGUGCACAUAUUGGUUGAUGAAACUUCCUCAUUGCAUCACUUCUAAGAGCCUCCUGAGGUGUAACUGUAAUUUAAAAUGAGUAACAGAAAAAAAUAAACAAUAAAUAAAGUGAGUAACAGAGAAAAUUAACUCAUUAGCCAUCCCCUUCCAGAUGAAUCUUUGGAAGAUUCUCAGCAGCUUAACCAUCAGAGAUCAGCAGCUCUGAGAUUAAAGACUGUGCCCUAGUGUGCCAGGUCUGCUCAGAGACUCUCUGCUUAUUGAGGCUGCACCAUAUCCACCUAAGAGUCAGCAAAAGACAGCCCAUUGCUUCCCCUAGGAGGUUAAUUGGGAUCCAAACACAGGUGGGAAUGACCACCAGCCAAAGGAGCUAGAAGUCAGAGACUGAUAGGGAAAGAAACAGAGAGAGCUCAUAGGAGCUGAUAAUGGCAGGAGCCUGGUCAGAUGCAAGGCCCUUCUCGGUCUGAUCCCAGAUCACUGCCCCUCAUUUUCUCACCCAUACAAUAAAAAGCUGCAGUAGUCAGCCCUUAUCUGAGGGUGAUGUACUCCAAGAGCCCUAGUGGAUGCCUGAAACCAAAGAUAGUACCCAACUCUGUAUAUACUGGGGUCAGAGGGGGCGUUGUUUUGGUUUAUAUACCUACCUAUGGUAAAGUUUAAUUUAUGUAUUAGACACAGUAAAAGAUUAAUAACAAUAACUAACAGUACAAUUAUAACUAUAAACUGUAAUAAAAGUUACUUUAAAAUUA